AUGUCGGAUAUAACUGGAAAACAAAAUGUUGAAAAUUUUCUAUCAAAAUUUCGUGAUCCACAAACACAUCGUUUUCAUUCAGUUACUGCAUUAGAUUUUCUUAAAUGUUGGCAACAUUAUGAUAUAGAUGGUAAUGGUUAUUUAGAAGGUGAUGAAUUAAAUGAAUUCUUACGAGAAUUUAUUACUAGUGUUAUACCUGAUGAAAUUGGUAGUGAAAUAAUAUCAGAAACAGCAAUGCAACAAUUAAUGACAGAAGUUAUGGAUGCAUAUGAUGAAAAUAAUGAUGGACGUAUUGAUAUUAAUGAAUUAUGUCAAAUAUUACCAACUGAAGAAACAUUUUUAGCAUUAUUUCAAAUAGAUACACCAUUAUCAUCUAGUGUAGAAUUUAUGCGUGUAUGGAAACAAUUUGAUACAGAUUUAAGUGGUUCAAUUGAUUCAAAUGAAUUAAAACAAUUUUUAAAACAUUUAAUUGUUAUAUCCAAGGUUGAAUUAUCUGAUGAGAAAUUAAAUGAAUAUGCUGAAACAUUAAUUCAUUUAUUUGAUCGUAAUGGUGAUGGUAAAUUACAAUUAAGUGAAAUGGCUAGAUUAUUAAAAGUAAAAGAGAAUUAUCUUAUUAAACCAUUAUUUAAUAAUAAUAAUCAUUGUUUAGAUGAUAGAACCAUUGAUAGAAUAUUUCGUAAAUAUGAUACUGAUAAUAAUGGUGUAUUAGAAAAUGAAGAAUUAAUGGGUUUUUUAAAAGAUUUAUUAGAAGCUAAUGGUGAAGAAGUUAAUGAAGAAGGUUUAAAAAUUAUGAAAGAAGGUAUAUUAAAACAAUGGGAUAUUAAUAAUGAUGGUAAAAUUGGUCGUCAAGAAAUUAAUGAUUUAAUAUUACAAACAAUUCAUAUAUUACAAGAAAAAGAACAUUUAAAAAAAGUCAAUAAUUUAUGA